AGCCUCGUUUCUGCCUCCGGGGUUCCCAGCCGUACGGGCCCCUCGGCUCUGCCCGACCCCUGCUCCCACACCCGCCUCAGAGCCGGGGGGCCUGACUGCGCGCCCUCGCCGCUUGGCCCCUCCUACUCGCCCGCCGCCGAGUGCUGGGACGCGGACGGUUGUGUCGGUUGGCAGAGCCGAAUGGGCGGUUGGUAGCCGCCGCCGAGGACUAGGCGGCGGCAGAAGAUGGUGCCAGGGACCUUGAGCUCUGCUGUUGCCGCCGCCGGCGGAGGAGGAGGCGUUGCCCGUUCACUAAGUUUAACUAAGAAGGCCAUUCAGUUGCUGAUAUCAAGCAAAGCAAACAUAAACCAGUUUUAAUCUGCAUUUUAAGAAAAGUGGUAGUCUUUUUCACAGUGCUUGACGUAACUAUAUCAAAGCGUGAGAUAUCAGUUCACAGAACCUAGAAAAUCAUCAUGAAGUUAUAUGUAUUUCUGGUCAAUACUGGAACUACCCUAACAUUUGACACUGAGCUUACAGUUCAAACUGUGGCAGACCUUAAGCAUGCCAUUCAAAGUAAAUACAAGAUUGCUGUUCAGCACCAGGUGCUGGUGGUCAAUGGAGGAGAAUGCAUGGCUGCAGAUCGAAGAGUGUGUACCUACAGCGCCGGGACGGACACAAAUCCAAUUUUUCUUUUUAAUAAAGAAAUGAUCUUAUGUGAUCGUCCACCGGCUAUUCCUAAAACUACCUUUUCAACUGAAAAUGACAUGGAAAUAAAAGUUGAAGAGUCUCUUAUGAUGCCUGCAGUUUUUCACACUGUAGCUUCAAGGACACAACUUGCAGUGGAGAUGUAUGAAGUUGCCAAGAAACUUUGCUCUUUCUGUGAAGGUCUGGUUCAUGAUGAACAUCUUCAACACCAAGGCUGGGCUGCUAUCAUGGCCAAUUUGGAGGACUGUUCAAAUUCAUACCAAAAGCUCCUUUUCAAGUUUGAAAGUAUUUAUUCAAAUUAUCUGCAGUCCAUAGAAGACAUCAAGUUAAAACUUACUCAUUUAGGAACAGCGGUUUCAGUAAUGGCCAAGAUUCCACUGUUGGAGUGCCUAACCAGACAUAGUUACAGGGAAUGUUUGGGAAGACUGGAUUCUUUACCUGAACAUGAAGGCUCAGAAAAGGCUGAGAUGAAAAGAUCCACUGAACUGGUGCUCUCUUCUGAUAUGCCUAGAACAACUAACAAAUCGUUAUUAACCUCAUUUCACAAGUCAGUGGAAAAUGUAGUACCAGAUCCUACAGAUGCUGAAAGUGGCAAAGAAAUUAGGGAAUCUUGUCAUAGUACUGUCCAGCAUGAUGAAACUCCAAUAGAUGCUAAAGACGAUGAUCUGCCUUUUUUCAAUGUUUCUUUAUUAGACUGGAUAAAUGUUCAAGAUAGACCUAAUGAUGUGGAAUCUUUGGUCAGGAAGUGCUUUGAUUCUAUGAGCAGACUUGAUCCAAGGAUUAUUCGACCAUUUCUAGCAGAAUGCCGUCAAACUAUUGCCAAACUUGAUAAUCAGAAUAUGAAAGCUAUUAAAGGACUUGAAGAUAGGCUUUAUGCCCUGGACCAGAUGAUUGCUAGCUGCAGCAGACUGGUGAAUGAACAAAAAGAACUUGCUCAGGGAUUUUUAGCUAAUCAGAUGAGAGCUGAAAACUUGAAAGAUGCAUCUGUAUUGCCUGAUUUGUGCCUGAGUCAUGCAAAUCAGUUAAUGAUUAUGUUGCAAAACCAUAGAAAACUGUUGGAUAUUAAACAGAAGUGUACCACUGCCAAACAAGAACUAGCAAAUAACCUGCAUGUCAGAUUGAAGUGGUGUUGCUUUGUAAUGCUUCAUGCCGAUCAAGAUGGAGAGAAAUUGCAAGCUUUGCUUCGCCUUGUAAUAGAGCUGUUAGAAAGAGUCAAGAUUGUUGAAGCUCUUAGUACAGUUCCUCAGAUGUACUGCUUAGCUGUUGUUGAGGUUGUCAGGAGAAAAAUGUUCAUAAAACACUACAGGGAGUGGGCUGGUGCUUUAGUGAAAGAUGGAAAGCAAUUAUAUGAAGCUGAAAAAUCAAAAAGGGAAUUCUUUGGGAAAUUAUUCAGGAAGUCUUUCUUAAGAAAUCGUCUGUUUAGGGGACUGGACUCCUGGCCCCCUUCCUUUUGUACUCAAAAGCCUCGAAGGUUUGACUGUGAACUUCCAGAUAUUUCAUUAAAAGAUUUACAAUUUCUGCAAUCAUUUUGUCCUUCAGAAGUUCAGCCAUUCCUCAGGGUUCCCUUACUUUGUGACUUUGAACCUCUACACCAGCAUGUUCUUGCUCUGCAUAAUUUGGUAAAAGCAGCACAAAGUUUGGAUGAAAUGUCACAGACCAUUACAGAUCUUCUGAGUGAACAAAAGACCUCUGCAAGUCAGGCAUCCCCACAGUCUGCUUCUUCACCAAGGAUAGAAAGUACAACAGGAAUAACAACUGCUACCUCACCAAGAACUCCUUCUCCACUCACUGUUCAGGAUCCCUUAUGUCCUGCAGUUUGUCCCUUAGAAGAAUUAUCUCCAGAUAGCAUUGAUGCACAUACCUUUGAUUUUGAAACUAUCCCCCAUCCAAACAUAGAACAAACUCUUGAACAAGGUUCUUUAGACUUGGAUUCAUUAGCAGAAAGUCCUGAAUCAGAUUUUAUGUCUGCCGUGAAUGAGUUUGUAAUAGAAGAAAAUUUAUCAUCUCCUAAUCCUAUAAGUGAUCCACAAAGCCCAGAAAUGAUGGUGGAAUCACUUUAUUCUUCAGUUAUCAAUGCAAUAGAUAGCAGACGUAUGCAGGGUACAAAUAUUUGUGGUAAAGAGGAUUCAGGAGAUCAUGCUUCCAAUGUCCAGUUGGAAAAAUGUAGGGUGGUUGCCCAAGACUCUCACUUCAGUAUACAAACCAUCAAGGAAGACCUUUGCCACUUCAGAACAUUUGUUCAAAAAGAGCAGUGUGACUUCUCAAAUUCUUUAAAAUGUACAGCAGUAGAAAUAAGAAACAUUAUUGAAAAAGUAAAGUGUUCUCUGGAAAUAACACUACAAGAAAAGUAUCAAAGAGAACUACAGACUUUAAAAAAUGAAUAUGAAGCUAAACUUGAUGCACUAAUAAAGGAGAGUGAAGAAAAUGAAAACAAAAUUAAAAAGUUGAAAGGAGACCUAGUAUGUCUUGAGGAGGUUUUGCAAAAUAAAGAUAAUGAAUUUGCUUUGGUUAAGCAUGAAAAAGAAGUUGUCAUCUGCCUACAGAAUGAAAAGGAUCAGAAACUGUUAGAGAUGGAAAAUAUAAUGCGCACUCAAAAUUGUGAAAUUAAAGAACUGAAAGAGUCCCAAGAAAUAGUGCUAGGAGACUUAAAAAAGCUCCAUGUUGAAAAUGAUGAGAAGAUGCAGUUAUUGAGAGCAGAACUUCAGUAUUUAGAGCAAAGUCAUCUUAAGGAAUUAGAGGACACUCUGCAAGUCAGGCAUACGCAGGAGUUUGAGAAAGUUAUGACAGAGCACAGAGUUUCUUUGGAGAAAUUAAAAGAGGAAAAUCAACACAGAAUUGAUCAGAUACAAGAGUCUCAUGCAACAGUUGUCCAAGAAAAAGAUCAACAGCUACAGGAAUUAAAACUCAAGGUUUCUGAUUUGUCUGACAUGAGAUGCAAGCUAGAGGUUGAACUUGCAUUGAAGGAAGCUGAAACUGACGAAAUAAAACUUUUGCUGGAAGAAAGCAAAGCCCAACAGAAGGAGACCUUAAAAUCUCUCCUUGAACAAGAGACAGAAAAUUUGAGAACAGAGAUAAGUAAGUUAAACCAAAAGAUUCAGGAUAAUAAUGAAAAUUACCAGGUAGGCUUAGCAGAGCUAAAAACUUUAAUGACAAUUGAAAAAGAUCAGUGUAUUUCAGAGUUAAUUAGUAGACAUGAAGAGGAAUCAAAUAUGCUUAAAGCUGAGUUAAAUGAAGUAACAUCUUUGCAUCAGCAAGCAUUUGAAAUAGAAACAAAACUGAAGGAUCAAAUAGUUGAACUACAAAAUAAAUUGGAGUCAGAAUUGAGUACUCUUGAGAAACAAAAAGAUGAAAAAAUGAUUCAACAAGAAGACAGAUAUGAAGCUAUUAUCCAUAAACUUGAAAAGGACAAAGAAAAAUUGGUCAUGAGCCAGGACCAAGACAGAGAACAGUUAAUUCAGAAACUUAAUUCUGAAAAAGAAGAAGCCAUUAAGACUGCUCUCAAUGAAUUUAAACUGGGGAGAGAUGCUGCUGAAAAAGAGUUACUAGAAAAAGUUCGACAUCUUGAGACUCAGUUAGCAAAAAGUCCUGCCACUGAAUCUGCCAGAGAAGAGUCUUCAAGUUUAGUUGCUGAACUUCAAGAAAAGCUUCAGGAAGAAAAAGCCAAGUUUCUAGAACAACUUGAAGAGCAAGAAAAGAGAAAGAAUGAAGAAAUGCAAAAUGUUCGAACAUCUUUGAUUGCUGAACAACAGACCAAUUUUAACACUGUUUUAACAAGAGAGAAAAUGAGAAAAGAAAACAUUAUAAAUGAUCUAAGUGAUAAGUUGAAAAGUACAAUGCAGCAACAAGAGCGAGAUAAAGAUUUGAUAGAGUCACUCUCUGAAGAUCGAGCUCGUUUGCUUGAGGAGAAGAAAAAACUUGAAGAAGAAGUCAGUAAGUUGCGUAGUAGCAGCUUUCUUCCUUCACCUUACGUAGCUGCAGCCCCAGAACUUUAUGGAGCUUGCGCACCUGAACUCCCUGGUGAAACAGAGAGAUCAGCCAUGGAAACAGCAGAGGAAGGGAGAUUGGAUUCAGCAAUGGAGACAAGCAUGAUGUCUGUACAAGAAAAUAUCCAUAUGUUGUCUGAAGAAAAACAGAGGAUAAUGCUGUUAGAACGGACAUUGCAGUUGAAAGAAGAAGAAAAUAAGCGGUUAAAUCAAAGACUCAUGUCUCAAAGCAUGUCUUCAGUAUCUCCAAGGCAUUCUGAAAAAAUAGCUAUUCGAGACUUCAGGUGCAUCUAGAAGACCCUGGGUACUUGGAAAAGUAAUGGAAAAGGAAUACUGUCAAGCCAAGAAGGUAAAACAAUUGACAUUGUAUAUGAUAUGAAUCUAGAAAUUACAGAAAAGAUAAUCUUUUGCUUUAUAUAGAAAUUGUUACUAGUGCUGUGCUUGGCCUUUCAGCUCACUUCAGUUUGAGCUUAAAUUAAAUGAGAGUGAAUUUGAACCCACAGUUUUGUUAAGUGUUUGUAUUAUUUGUAGACAUCAGAAUAAAUUAGCCACAAUCCAUCCCUAUAAGGGAAUGCUACUACAAAUUUUCUGUUCUCUAACUAGUGUUUUCAUAUGCAAAAGAAGAGCACUACUUAACUGGUGACUAAAGGUGAAUUUUUUUUUUUUUUUUUGUAGGAAGACUUGAUGUUUUCUUAUUUUUAUACCCUACCCCCAUUGAAGAAUGAAAUGUAAAAAAUUCGAUAACUAAAAAUACACCUGAUAGUAAUGUCAGCAGUAUCAGUGCUAUAGAAUUAGUGAGAUCUACUAUGCAUUCUUCCUGCCUCACUGUAAUUUUGGGCCUUAGUGCUGCAAAACACUGAGAAAACUUAAAACUGUAUAUUAUUGAGGUUUGUUUGAUACUUAAUCACAUAAGGCUCACUUUGUACUAAAAUUCAUGUAUUUUAGCAAUGAUUAUCAGCUUUUUUUUCCAUCAGUAAUAGUGACUCAAAAUAAUGCUAAGCUGGUGAGGCAUGACUUUUGUGUAGUUUGAGAAAGACUCCUCUACUACCCCAGCUGUGAGUAGUACGACAGAAGGUUACUUGUGUAAUUUGGUUUAGUCAUUCAAGUGAUUCCCUGUUUUCUUUCCUUUCUAGGCACAAAACCGAUUUAAAGUUCCUUUGGGGACAAAGUUUUAUAGAGUGAAAGCAGUGUCCUGGAAUAAGAAAGUAUAAUUUAUAGAAAAAAUUAAUAACAUUCUGUGACAUUUUUCUGAUCUGUUCUAGAGUGCUCAUUCAUCACUCCAAAAACAGCAGGCCAUCUUUUUAUACUAAGUCAGCGUGACAAUACUCUUCACUGGUGUACAGCAUUGACUUUUUAACUGGCUUCAUUUUAGAAACAAUAAAUUCAUCGAAACCCUUGGCUGAAUUAAAAUGGUUUUGUUUUUGUUUUUUUACCCAGAUAACUCUAAAAAUGUGGACCAAACUAGUUCAUUUUCUCAAAGAGCAUACCCUGUGCAUUGUGGCUUAUAAUUAGCCAUAUUAAUUUCCUGUUAAAUAUACAUUAGCUUAAACUUAGAUGUUAAAUGUUAGUUAUUAUUACCAGCAUUUGUCCUUUUGUGAAAUCAGUAUCAGAUACUUGCACUCUUUAACACAUUCUUUAUAAAGUGUGUAAAUUCUUCAAAACUAUUUAAAGAGGAGUAUUAUUGCAUGCAGAUAAUCAUACUUUUGAGUUUGCCUCUGUAGAUUACUAAAGCAAAUUGUUUCAUUUAUUUUUUUAAAUGCCCUUUGAUGUUUCAAGGAAAAAGGAACUCGGUAAUUCAAUUGACUGAUUUUUAAGAUCAGCCAUAAGUUAUCAGCAAUCUCUAAAAGCACUUUCAGUGAUUGGUCAUCUGGGUUCUAAAGGGAAGAAGAGUCUGUGCCAUUGACAGUUUCAAAUGAAGCACUCAGACCUUCCCAUCUUCAUGACUCUGUUUAGAAUAAUCAUAUUGAUGAAAUCGUAAUUCAUGGUUGAGUUUCAGGAAAAAAGAUAUUCAUUGUACAUUAACAAUAUAGAGGUCAUUUAAAUAACAAAAUAUUGUAUUGUAAAAGACAUGUAGAAUUUUAAAACAAUAAAGAUUUGAACCUGUAUAUGUGUGUGCCUUUUAAAGGAUACAUUUUUAAUAAAUUUGAGUGACUGCUGAGAAGUGUGAAAAAAUUGUUCUGUAUCAUAUCAAAGAGAAACAUGUUUAUUAGAAAAAUGUUCUUUAACUAUAUACUAUGUAACAGGGUAAAACAGUGUUAACUAUAAUAGAAUUGUGUAAACUAGAUCUGUAGAGAAGAAGCCAUUGAGCAAGAGUAUUUAAAUGAGUUAGUUGAGUUGGGUAAGACUUAUUUCAGGUUUUUUGCUAGAGAACAAUAAUAAAAUGAUUCUUUUUUCAGAAAAUACUUAGUUUCUUCACAAAAUAAGUUAAAUAUUUUUUUAAAUAUGUAUAUCUAGUAGUACAGAAAAUGGAAUAAACACCAUAGUGUAUAGAAAACUGAAUUGGACAACAUAUUCAUGAAUAAACAGAUGAUUUCACAUGUUUCUAUUUAAUCUUUCCAUGAUGACAUCUUUAUGCAAAGCAUACAAAAGCAGUAAAUUAUAUGCUUAGUGGUUGGGUCUAAAUGAAUCUACCAGAUAAGCCAUUUUGACAUAUGGCCUUAAAAUGUAAUAUGUGGUCAUUGUGCUGUAGAAUUGUGAUGUGCUGGCACAUGGCAUCAGUCCGUCAUCUCAUUAGUGUUGUUCAUUGAUGCUGGAUUUUGUUGCUUAUAGUUUAAUAUCCUGGUUUAUAACACCCCAUCACUUUUCAUGUAUACCUUUAUAAAACAAGAAAGUGAAACAAUUUUCGUAGUCAAAAAAGAAGAAAAAUGAAACAUGGAAAUCUAAACUGAUCAUUUGAGCUCUUUGGGUGGUUAAAGGCAGUUGCAUCCUGUGAGCUUUGAGUCUGGAUGCGUGAGUUCCAGUUCCAGAUGUAACUUUAACUUCGGGCGAGCUACAUGAACUCUGACCCUCACUUUUCUCGUGUAAAAUGGAAUGAUAAUAGGACCUACCUCAUAGGGUUAUUUUGAAGAUUAAAAGAGAAUUAUAAAUUUAAAGGUCUUUGGGCAAUAUCAGAAUGUUAAAAAGUUAACAAAAGUUAACUGUAUUACAAAGGUUUUGCUGAUUAAUAAUCAAAACCUUUAAAGCUACUGUUUAGACUCUAAUAGAAAUAUGAUUUUCUUUAUUACUUGAAUGAAUAUUUAAAUUUCAUUGUACUUCAAGUAAACUUUAAGCAUACUUGAAUUACAUAGUUUUAUUUAUUUUGGCAAAAGUACCUGAACAUACUAGGAACAGAAUGAGGAAAAAUAAACUUCUAAUGAUUUUUAAAAAGUCAUCAAAGGGUAAAACAUACACACGAUUUAAAAAAUAAUAAUGAUGAUUUUAACAGUAUGCCCCAAAGCGUCUGCCUUAUUCCACAAUUCUGCUCCCUAGAGGCCAUUGGUUUUAUCUUUUUAGCCAUUUUUAUCUGUUGUACUAAAUUAUAGACUACACUGCUGCUACUUUAUAAAUCAACUUAGCAUCAUCAUUUUACUCUCUUAUAAUAAAGUGAAGAUUUUGUUCUUUCAUAACCCUACUUCCCUGAUAUCCUCUUUCCGCUGUAGUAUAUUACUUUCUAGUUUGUUCAUUAGGAUUCACAUUAUCAUGAUUCUCUAAGUAGUCUGCUGAGCCAAGUCAUGAACAAUGAUUGUUUCCUUUGUUGCAUAGCCCAUAGUUUUUCGUUGAAGUUUUUAUGGCUUAUGUCUUCUUGUGCUAUUAUCUUGUAAUUAGCAGUAGACUUAAUUCUUUUCAAAUGCUUUUUCAUUUAUUACUCUGUCAAGAACCAUUUUUCUCAGAGACCUUCAUUUUGGAACCGUGAGUUCUGCUUCAGACAGAUGUGGUUGCUCUCUAAGCAUACUAUUUCAUAGCUGUCAUCCUAGGACUUCCCUUAAUAUAGUUGUUAGAAAGCCAUUGUUUCUUGGGUUCGCUCUUCUGGAGCUUAUGACCAAGUAAACCUCCUAAGGAAGAAUUGGAGGGAGAUAAAUUUCGUGAGUGAUUACAUGUCUGCAAAUGUAAUAGGCUCUCACUUGAUUGACAGUUUAAUUAGAUACAGAAUUUUACUGACAUUCCAUUGUCUUCUGUUAAGAAAUCUUGUGCCAUUCCAUUUUGUGUUCUUUUAUACACUCCCAUUGGUCCCCAGAAAAUUUUAGGAGCUUUUUUGUAGUCCUAGUAUAAUGAAAUAAUAUGAUACUGUGCAGUUCCCACCCCAACCCCAGUGAACUCUUAAAACCCAUGGCACUAGAGAAAAAUAGAAGAAUGGAGGACUACCAUGCUUAACAUUGGGUAAGGGUUUGAGAGAGUUGAGAGAAAACAAAGGAAAUUAAAAUUUAUGUUUUUCUCUGACCACUUGAUCUUAUGUUGAUAGUCAUGGUUUUAAUUUCCAAGAGUGCUGAUUAUGUUUUCAUGAAUCCUGUGUAUGCAUUUCUCUAAUUAUAUUUGGUCUCUAAUUAUAUUUAGUUUCAUGUUGGAAUCCUUACUCCAAUGUUUGGUGAUUUUUUUCUUGUCCCUUUGUGCG